UCACAUAGUGAAAGAUAAAACUGCUCAGGGUUAUACCUGAAAAGCUUCAUUAUGACUAGUGGUGGGUUUUAAAGAAAACAAGGGAAAUAGAAAUUGGGAAUAGUCGAUAAUAGGUGCUAUGUAAAUAUGCUAAAUGCAGUUUGGAAAUGAAUGGUAAUUUCACUAAUCCUUGGGGACAAGUGAACGAGAAUACAUGGCAAAAUAACAUCCAUGUAGCCAUUUUGGUUACCAACUGUACAGUGUUGCUCGUAACAUUUUUUGUGGGAAUCGCAGCCAACCUUUUUGUCACAUAUGCUGUAUACCAUCAGAAAUCCCUUCAGACUGCCACCAAUGCACUCUUGGUUAAUCUCGCAGUCAUCGACCUGCUGCGAUGUGCUACUGACUGUCCGUUGCUCCUGGUUGUCGUCUUGAACGAAAACAACACCAGAGACCUUGGGGACCUUCUCUGUGAUGGCCAGGUGAUAUCAUUUUCCCUCAGCUGCUGUGUCCAGUUGUUCACUCUGGCAAGCAUUAGUGCUGAACGACACCAGGCCAUUGCUAAUCCAUUUAAGACUGCUGAACGGCGAAAACGGGUUAAGGUGUGGAUCCCGCUCACCUGGGCCGUGUCCAUUGUGGUGUCAGCUCUGUGCGUCAUGUUUACAAAAGACUCCUCUGUCUAUGUUCAAUGUAGAGCUUUGCAUUGGGAUACGUUAAAGACAUAUGGCUCAUUUGGACGUUAUGUCUUGUUGCCUGUCUGGUCUGUGUGUUUGACUCUUAUUAUUGGCUUCUAUUCCCACAUAUUCAUCCUGGUCAAAGCACACAACCGAAAGAUUUUUGACAAGGGCAUUUCUGCUGCAUCUUACAAAAAAGACCUUGAAGACAAGAAAAACAUGCAGGAAGUUGUGGAAACCAAGGUCGCCACUGUGAAUGAACCAGUGGCACCAAACGAAAUUCAUGAUACUCAUUUCAUACAAGACUCAAAUGGGACAGCACAUGAUACAAAAUCAUGUAACAAAGAUCCUGAGGACCAAAAGACCUUGCCAACUGUUGCUGAAAGUCAGCCUCUUGCUAUAGACACCAAAACCUUGGAUGUCAAGACAGAAGAGACACCUGAACAACCCAACCAGCAAAAUGUAAUACUUGUUUCUGAACUGCACCACAAUGAAACUGAACUGAUAGAUCUGGAGAAUUAUGGUGAGAAUCCAGGUGAUCCUCCUAAAGAUGCUGCGAAACCAUACUCUGAGCAGGUUCCUCCAGCAGGAGGUGGCGCUCAGACUGCUUCAGCAGGCCAAACCAUGCAGAUGAUGGGAGAAGUGUGUAUGAUGCCAUCCUUUACCAACAAGGACAGAUGCAACAAGAAGAAAGAGAGCAAGCUGGCCAAGCGCUCCGGUUACAUCAUUCUUACUUUCCUAAUCUUUUGGAUGCCGCUAAUUGGGACAGUGCUCCUGAACACCUUUCGGAACAGAAACCAGAUUUGGGACUUCAUCCAGGAGGUUGAAGUCCUUGUGGUCUCCAUUGCCUGCAUGACAUCCCUCACCAACCCGAUCAUUUAUGCCGUGGUGAACCCUCAGUUCCGUACUGAAUUCUACAGCCUGAAGGCGAGAUGUAAAGCACUGUGCACAAAAUCAUAAGCCAAUCAAUGCUUCAUUCCAACCAUGUCAAACUUUCCUGACUAUCCAAACCAGAUACGUUUGCUAGGUUAUUGCAAUUGUGAAAUAGGUAGUUCACUUGCUGAAGGGAGAAUGUGUACAAAUUUUAAUUCUAUAUGCCAUAACUUACAAUGCAAAUGGAUCUGAAAUUGUUUAAAACGUUGUAUCUGACCAUUUCUCGAUUUUCUACCUUCGGAGUUUAUUGGUGUCAAUGUAUAAAAAUACAAAAUCUUUUUAGGUACUGCAAUGUACAGUGAAAAUCUGGGAACAGAAAGUUUAGAAUUGAAAAUUUUAAAACAAAGAUCUCUGUUUAAAUGUAUGAUCUUGAACAUGUUGACCCCUUUGUACAAAUAGUCAGAUUUUCCUUGAGUCUUACCAGUUCCACUGAAGCACGUGUUCAGACGACACACAGGUGGAUUUGCUCUAACAUGGAUUUUCAGGUUUAACACAAAAAUGUGGAUUCCGUGCAAAAUGGUUCUAUGCUUCAUGUAAAUAUUUCAAAGAUUCACCACCACUUUGCUGGCAAUUUGUAAUAAAUUAGAAAACAAAGCAAAAUUGAAGC